AUGUUGGCCCAAUUGGUGUACCAGGAAUUUCUCUCAACAACAAAACCCUGGUUUCUAUGGUUAUACACAUCAAUGCGGUCGAAUUCGCAACAGGUUCGCGUCCGUCUUCUCCCCAAUCCUCGCUGUUUCUUCGACGAACCGAUUCACAUGAAGGUAGAUGGACUUUCUCCGCACCAGAAAGUGGAAUUGAGGUCCAAACUCAGGGACGACAAGGGAAUCAUCUUCAAAGCUUCCGCUCUGUACUCAGCAGAUUCUACAGGACAGGUAGACCUGUGCCUCUCUCCCUCUCUGGGUGGAAGUUAUACCGGAGUUGAACCCAUGGGCUUGUUUUGGGCAAUGAUGCCCGAGACUCCACACCGCAAACUAUUGAAAAAGAAUGUGUUGAGUUCAAUGAUGGUUGAUAUAGAAGCGCUGCAUGAGGACACAGGUGAGAUCUUGGCAACAGAGACUAACGAGAGGCAGUUCAUGACGGAAGGACUGAGGAGGAUACCGUUGGGCAUGAAACAUGGGAGAAUUCGGGGGACCCUCUUUCUACCACCGGGGCCAGGUCCGUUUCCUGGUAUCCUGGAUGUGUAUAUUCUGGGUGGAGGUAUAUGUGAGGUCCGGGCCAGUCUGCUGGCUAACAAAGGCUUUGUGGUUCUGGCGCUGGCCUACUCUGGCUUCCAGGACCUGCCCAAAACCAUGCCCAAAUACCUUGACCUGGAGUACUUUGAAGAGGCCAUCACAUUCCUGAGGAGACAGCCACAGGUCCAGGGUCCAGGAAUAGGAAUCCUGUCCAUCUCUAAGAGUGGUGAACUGGCUCUAUCCAUGGCCACUUUUCUCUCUGGCAUCUCAGCCAUAGUCUGGAUCAACGGCUGCAACGCUAAUGUCAUGACGCCACUGCACUACAAAGACCUCGUCAUCCCUCCCCUCAUACCUAUCCUAGAGAACAUGACCCUCACACCAUCCGGCCUUCUCGACAUCCGAGAUUCCUUACCGGAUCAGAUAACAGAAAGGAACCGUGCUUCCGUGAUCCCGAUAGAACGAUCCGGUUCUAGGUUCCUUUUUGUUGUCUCUGAGGACGACAGGAACUGGAACAGCUGUCUCUUUGCUCAGCAGGCCGCCGCCCAGCUGAGGCAUCAUGGGAAAGAUAACUUUGAGGUGGUGACGUACCCCAGGGCCGGUCAUUUCCUGGAGGUGCCCUACAUGCCCCACUGCCCGUCUGGCUUCCACUCUGCGGUGGGUAAGGUGGUGGUGUUUGGGGGGGAAACUAAAGCCCACCAUGAGGCUCAGCUGGACCUGUGGAGGAGGGUCCAGGAGUUCUUCAGGACACACCUGAAGGACAACAGCAACACUGUCCAGAAAGCCAGGCUGUAACACUAAGAGAAUGGCUGCUUUCCUGGUUGACUACUUUGCAGACUCCUGCCCGAUCUCAAUGUUUGGAUAGGUGUUUAACAUAUCAGCUUACCACAUCAUAUGAUAUAGUAAUCUGAUGUCCGACAGUGCAGUCAAUGACGUGGCACAUAACCAUUGCUUAAUGCAAUGCAAUGCCUGCAAUGUAGUCAGCCUGGAACUCAACUAAAUUAUCCAAUUGGAGACGAGUAUCAUGAAUAAGCCUGUGAGUGUGCUGCUGUACUUUAUUUAACUGGAUUCUGUUAUCAAUAACUUUGAUAUAUUAUAUACAGUACCAAUCAAAUGUUUGUACACACCUACUCAUUCCAGGGUUUUUCUUUUUGUAUUAUUUUCUACAUUGUAGAAUAAUAGUGAAGACGACAUCAAAACUAUGAAAUAACACAUAUGUAAUCAUGUAGUAACCAAAUCAAAAUAUAUUUGAGAUUCUUCAAAGUAGCCACCCUUUGCUUUGAUGACAGCUUUGCAUGCUGUUGGCAUUCUCUCAACCAGCUUCCUGAGGUAGACUCAUGCAGUCACCUGGAAUGCAUUUCAAUUUACAGGUGUGUCUUGUUAAUUUGUGGAAUUUCUUUCCUUAAUACGUUUGAGCCAAUCGGUUGUGUUGUGACAAGGGAGGGGUGGUAUACAGAAGAUAGCCCUAUUUGGUAAAAUACCAAGUCCAUAUUAUGGCAAGAACAGCUCAAAUAAGCUAAGAGAAAUUACACUCCAUCAUUACUUUCAAGAACCAUCAAGCGCUAUGAUGAAACUGGUUCUCAUGAGGACCGCCACAGGAAAGGAAGACCUAGAGUUACCUCUGCUACAGAGGAUACGUUUAUUAGAGUUAACUGUACUUCAGAUUACAGCCCAAAUAAAUGCUUCACAGAUUUCAAGUAACACACAUUUCAACAUCAACUGUUCAGAGCAAA